AGCCGCCCGACGAGCGGGGCCGGCGCCGCGGGAGAAGGAGGAGGACGCCUCGGGCCGCCGCGCUUCCUCGGGGCCUCGGUGGACCGGGCCGCCCGCCCGCUCGCUCGCCCGGCGGCGGCGCCGCCUCCCCACCCCACCCCCGCCCCGGAGCGCUCGGCCGGCCGUAGCGGCGGCCCGGGCUGGAGGCGGCGGCCCCGGGCGAGGCGAGGCGAGGCGGCCCGCGCGCCCCGCUCGGCUGGCUGUCAGGCCACCGGCCCGGCCUCCGAUGCGGAGGCGCUGCGGCCGGGGACCAUGCAGCAGGCGCCGCAGCCCUACGAGUUCUUCAGCGAGGAAAACAGCCCGAAAUGGCGGGGACUGCUGGUCCCGGCCCUGCGGAAGGUUCAGGAGCAAGUACAUCCCACUCUCUCAGCUAAUGAAGAGUCUCUUUAUUAUAUUGAAGAACUGAUUUUUCAGCUGCUUAAUAAAUUAUGCCUGGCUCAACCAAGGACUGUUCAAGACGUGGAGGAACGAGUCCAAAAGACCUUUCCUCAUCCUAUUGAUAAAUGGGCAAUUGCUGAUGCACAGUCUGCCAUCGAGAAACGUAAGCGAAGAAAUCCUCUUUUACUACCUGUGGACAAAAUCCAUCCUUCUUUGAAGGAAGUUUUGGGGUACAAAGUGGACUACCAUGUAUCCCUCUACAUUGUGGCCGUAUUGGAGUAUAUCUCAGCAGAUAUUUUGAAAUUGGCUGGUAAUUAUGUUUUUAAUAUCCGGCAUUAUGAAAUAUCUCAGCAAGACAUUAAAGUGUCAAUGUGUGCAGAUAAGGUUCUGAUGGACAUGUUUGAUCAGGAUGAUGAUAUAGGUUUGGUUUCUCUCUGUGAAGAUGAACCUAGUUCUUCUGGUGAGCUAAACUACUAUGACCUUGUCAGAACUGAAAUUGCAGAAGAAAGACAGUAUCUACGGGAACUGAACAUGAUCAUCAAAGUAUUCCGGGAAGCCUUUCUUUCUGACAGGAAGUUGUUCAGGCCUUCUGAAAUUGAAAAGAUUUUCAGUAACAUUUCAGAUAUACAUGAAUUGACUGUGAAACUCUUAGGGUUGAUUGAAGACACAGUGGAAAUGACAGAUGAAAGCAGUCCUCACCCAUUAGCUGGGAGCUGCUUUGAAGAUUUAGCAGAGGAGCAAGCGUUUGACCCCUAUGAAACAUUGUCACAGGACAUUCUCUCGCCAGAGUUUAAUGAGUACUUCAGUAAGUUGAUGGCCAGACCUGCAGUUGCUCUACAUUUUCAGUCCAUUGCCGAUGGCUUUAAGGAGGCUGUUCGUUACGUCCUUCCACGGCUUAUGCUGGUGCCUGUGUAUCACUGUUGGCAUUACUUUGAGUUACUAAAGUUGAAAGCGUGCAGUGAAGAACAAGAAGACAGGGAGUGUUUGAAUCAGGCUAUCACUGCCCUCAUGAAUCUCCAAGGCAGCAUGGACCGAAUUUACAAGCAGCACUCACCUAGACGCCGACCAGGGGAUCCCAUUUGCCUUUUUUACAAUCGUCAAUUAAGAAGCAAGCACCUGGCUAUCAAGAAAAUGAAUGAAAUUCAGAAAAACAUAGAUGGGUGGGAAGGCAAAGAUAUUGGACAGUGUUGUAACGAAUUCAUAAUGGAAGGGCCAUUGACCAGAAUUGGUGCUAAACAUGAAAGGCAUAUUUUUCUCUUCGAUGGCUUGAUGAUCAGCUGUAAACCUAAUCAUUGCCAGAGCCGACUUCCGGGUUAUAGUAGUGCAGAAUACAGACUAAAAGAGAAGUUUGUCAUGAGGAAAAUUCAAAUCUGUGAUAAGGAGGAUACGUGUGAAUGCAAACAUGCUUUUGAAUUAGUAUCCAAAGAUGAAAACAGUGUAAUCUUUGCUGCUAAGUCAGCUGAAGAGAAAAAUAACUGGAUGGCAGCCCUUAUUUCCCUUCACUAUCGAAGCACUCUAGAUAGGAUGCUGGACUCUGUACUGUUGAAAGAAGAAAAUGAGCAGCCCCUGAGGCUACCAAGUCCAGACGUGUACCGCUUUGUGGUGCAAGACUCUGAGGAAAACAUUGUGUUUGAAGACAACCUGCAAAGUAGAAGUAUAAUCCCCAUUAUUAAAGGAGGGACUGUGGUGAAAUUAAUUGAAAGGCUAACCUAUCAUAUGUAUGCAGAUCCCAAUUUUGUUCGUACUUUUCUUACUACAUAUCGUUCAUUUUGUAAACCACAGGAAUUGCUAAGCUUGCUGAUAGAACGGUUUGAGAUUCCAGAACCAGAGCCUACUGAAGCAGACAAGUUGGCGCUAGAGAAAGGCGAGCAGCCAAUCAGUGCAGAUCUGAAAAGAUUUCGCAAGGAAUACGUCCAACCUGUGCAACUCAGGAUCUUAAAUGUCUUUCGCCACUGGGUUGAACAUCAUUUUUAUGACUUUGAAAGAGACCUGGAAUUGCUUGAAAGACUAGAAUCCUUCAUGUCAAGUGUAAGAGGGAAAGCUAUGAAGAAAUGGGUAGUGUCCAUUGGUAAGAUCAUCAAGAGGAAGAAGCAGGCUCAGGCAAAUGGAAUAAGCCAUAAUAUCACCUUUGAAAGUCCACCUCCACCCAUUGAAUGGCAUAUCAGUAGACCCGGCCAGUUUGAAACGUUUGACCUUAUGACACUUCAUCCAAUAGAAAUUGCACGCCAGUUAACACUUUUGGAGUCUGAUCUCUACAGGAAAGUCCAACCUUCUGAACUUGUAGGGAGUGUCUGGACCAAAGAAGAUAAAGAAAUUAAUUCUCCAAAUUUAUUAAAAAUGAUUCGCCACACAACAAACCUCACUCUCUGGUUUGAAAAAUGCAUUGUGGAAGCAGAGAAUUUUGAAGAGCGGGUGGCAGUGCUCAGCAGGAUAAUAGAAGUUCUGCAAGUGUUCCAGGAUUUGAAUAAUUUCAAUGGCGUGUUGGAAAUAGUCAGUGCGGUCAAUUCUGUAUCAGUGUACAGACUAGACCACACAUUUGAGGCAUUGCAGGAAAGGAAGAGGAGAAUUUUGGAUGAUGCUGUGGAAUUAAGUCAGGAUCACUUUAAAAAAUACCUAGUAAAACUUAAAUCAAUCAAUCCACCUUGUGUGCCUUUUUUUGGAAUAUAUUUAACAAAUAUUCUGAAGACUGAAGAAGGGAACAAUGAUUUUCUCAAGAGGAAAGGAAAAGAUUUAAUCAAUUUCAGUAAGAGGAGGAAAGUGGCUGAAAUUACUGGAGAAAUUCAGCAGUAUCAGAACCAGCCUUACUGCUUACGGACUGAACCUGAAAUGAGGAGAUUCUUUGAAAACCUUAACCCCAUGGGGAUUCUAUCGGAAAAGGAGUUUACAGAUUAUUUGUUCAACAAAUCGCUAGAAAUUGAACCCCGAAACUGCAAACAACCACCUCGAUUUCCUAGGAAAUCAACCUUUUCCUUAAAGUCUCCUGGAAUAAGGCCUAACACAGGCCGGCACGGCUCCACCUCAGGAACAUUGCGAGGUCACCCCACACCUUUGGAGAGAGAGCCGUACAAGAUAAGCUUUAGUAGGAUUACCGAGACUGAGCUCGAAUCAACAGUGUCAGCGCCCACCUCUCCAAACACGCCGUCCACUCCCCCUGUGUCUGCCUCCUCCGACCACAGCGUGUUUCUAGAUGUGGAUCUCAACAGUUCCUGUGGCAGCAACACCAUCUUUGCGCCAGUGCUCCUGCCCCAGUCAAAGACUUUCUUCAGCUCAUGUGGAAGUUUACACAAACUGAGUGAAGAGCCGCAGAUUCCCCCUCCGCUUCCUCCUCGGAAAAAAGUUGAUCCUGAUACUUCAAACUCCAAGGGAACUAUGAAAUCUGAUGACGACCCUCCUGCUAUUCCACCAAGACAGCCUCCUCCUCCAAAGGUAAAGCCAAGAGUUCCUGUCCCCACCGGUGCAUUUGAUGGGCCUGUGCACAGUCCACCUCCACCACCACCAAGAGAGCCUCUUCCUGAUACCCCCCCACCGGUUCCUCUUCGGCCUCCGGAACACUUUAUAAACUGUCCGUUUAAUCUGCAGCCACCUCCACUGGGCCACCCUCACAGAGACCCAGACUGGUUCAGAGACGUUAGGACGUGUCCAAAUUCACCCAGCACUCCUCCCGGCACACCUUCUCCACGAGUGCCACGAAGAAGCCAUUUGCUCAGUUCCAGUCACAACAACCUUGCUCAUCCUCCAGCUCCUCCUGUUCCACCAAGGCAGAAUUCAAGCCCUCACCUACCCAAACUGCCACCAAAGACAUACAAACGGGAGCUCUCACACCCGCCCUUGUACAGACUGCCUUUGCUCGAAAAUGCAGAAACUCCUCAAUGACCUUAGCCAUGUGUAGUCAUUGACACUGGAAUAGUAUUUGUAAAGAUUUUUAAUUUAUUCAAAGAGGCAUAGUAUUUUAGUACUUUUUACAAAUAAUGCUCUUACAAAAAUGCUACUGAUCAAAUAAGCUUUUAAGAAUGAGAAAAAUUGCCGGGCAUGGUGGCCCACACCUUUAGUCCCAGCACUCGGGAAGCAGAGGCAGAUGGAUUUCUGAGUUUGAGGCCAGCUCGGUCUAUAGAUCGAGUACCAGGACAGCCAUGGCUACACAGAGAAACCCUCUCUCAAAAAAACAAAACCAAGAAAAGAAUUCUAAAACUUAAAAUGCAAAAGCCCUUCACCGUAACCCUCAGGUGAGGAGUAGCCUUGCCUUGUCUCAGCUCCUCAGUGCUGCCCAAAGGCCAGUAUAACGAACUCCUGUUUGCACUGCAGACCCUGCUAAACUGUGGCUGUGGAUGAUACCGACUGCACUGAAAGGAUAGUUCUCAAGGAAGUGCUCCAGGCUGAGUAAUAGACGCCUUCUUAAGGCGAUGAAUUCACAGAUACAGGAUGAACUGUGAUGUUACUGGGUCGUCAACCCUCUCUGACCCUCUUCUAGGUUUUAACUGUGUUUGGUUUUUACAGCUAGGGAAUAACACCUCCUGUUCUUAAACCUUUGAUGCCAUGUCUUAAAUGCCAGUAUUUGCUGCUGAAGACAAAAACAGAAAAUAGAAUGGAAAUAAUAGAAUGCACUGUGUUUAUUAUUUUGUUAAAAUUAUAAACGAUUCUAUAUAACCUGAUUAUAGAUGAAAAGGGGCAUGUAUCUCAUUAAGAUGCUCCUUUAGUUCUGCAGUGUAUGCUGUCUUUAGCUAAUGAUUUGCCUCUUGUUUGGGAAAACAAAGUUAAUAUGCCAUGUAUGUACAGUUUAUUUAUAUUGUAUAUAUUUAAAGAUGCUAAUAACCUAUAUAAAUUUAAGUGACUUGGGGCCUAUAAUACAAUCUGCUAUUUUACUAAUUUGUAAGUCAAGAACAAAUGUUUCUUAUGGUGUAGGAACCAACUGCCUUCACUUCAAAACUUAUUAACUUUCUUUAAUCUCAUGUUAAUUGAAAUUUUUUAAAAGUUUUUCCAGAUUGGUAAUAUUUAAACAAAAUACUUAAAGCUUUAUUAAAAUUUGUAAUCCGACAGGAUAAAGCUUUUGUCAUUUGGACACCCUCGUUCAAAGUGAUCAGAGUGUGGUGCUGAUCGUGCAGCAGCAAUUGUAAAGCAGCCCAAAGCCACGGUGUUCUCUGCUGGUCUGUGGCCUUUUACUGUGCUUUGUAUCAGAGUUCUAACAAGAUUAAUAAAUCACCUCAGUCUUCAUUUUUAAAA